AUAUAUAAGCCCAUAAACCAGAAUAUUAUAAGAUACAUAUUCUCUAGUUGCUUUCUGAAGUAUACGUAGUGAUACCGGUACAUGUUUAAUGUUGUACUUUUUACAAUUGCUGUCGGCAAACUUUUACGUGAAUCCAAACGUAAAAUUUCCCUUAAACGCAUUUGAUUGAUAUCACUUUAUUAGCAAAUACUGAGCAGUCUCGGAACAGCUUUAAAAUGUUACGACAAAUAAUAUUUCUAUCCCUUAUUGUCGGAAUACUUGCGGCCAACAACUUCUUUGACCGUGGAGGCUCAAGUGGAGGCCAAGAUAGCAGACUUUCCGGAAACCGAGACCAGCUACAAUCAGGUAACUCCAGAAAUGGUCAAGAUAACAGAGGAUCAAGCUUCGGCGAUCGAUCUCGCAACCACGAUGACGAUGACGAUGACGAUGAUGACGACGACGACCAGCAUGAUCGCCGAGUAACUACACGACCAAACCAGCCAUCAAAUCACAAGAAGAACCGCAAACACCAUAAAAAUCGGCACAACAAGAAUAAGAAUAAAGGCGGUACCGGCACCAAUCCCAGUGGUACCAACGUGGACGAAGACAAUUUCGACGAUCGCCGCGACUCUAACUUUGGUAACCGUAAUACCGAUAGCGGCAACUUCGAUCGGCAAUCAGCGGGUGGCGACCGCUCGCGGGGCACUGGCGGGCAAGGCGGAAAUAGUUGGUCACAGGGCGGUAAUGCGGGUAACCGAGACAGCGAUACCGAUGACCGACGUCGAGGAACUGGGGGAUCCAACGCGGGCAGACUCGGGGGGCAAGAAGGUUCUUCGCCGAUUAGUGUGGUAUCGCGCGGCCAAGGACGUCCUGGCAGUUCGGCAGGGUGGCAGUCCGGUGGCGGUUUCAGUGAUCGUAACGAGGGGAGCGGUGAACCUGGUACUCAAAUCAAUGGAUUCAAUGCUCAACAAGGCCGUGGUUCCAAUUCCAACCGCGGUUUCCGUCGAUAAAGUGUUGCUCUCGAUUACAUGAUACUCGUACAUGUACAUUCUAAUCCUACUAAUUUUAAUUAAGCUAGGAGUAAUGGUGAAAUUUAUAUACAAACUUUUAAGUUGGUGUACAGUACGAGUAUUUGUUAUGUAGUGUAAUGUUUACUGUGCUAGAGGAAUAAACAAAGUAAAGAGGAAUCAAAUAGCUAGAAGAA